GCACACAGCCGGUGACAUAACGCAACAUCAGCCCUCGCAGCAUCCGCAUCUCGCAGCCAGGAGGACCAGGAGCACAUCUUCAUCUAAGCAUCCAUUCCACAACUGCCUACCAUCGUCUGAGCACCGCCGACACCAGGCGUGUUUAUCCAACGCUUCUUUUGUUUUGUUUUUUUCCCCCUCGGCUCGGAUUAUUUUACUUUGUUGCAUUUACAUUCUCGGAGAUGGUUUUAUGUUUUUAUCGCGUCUUGUAAGGAAAACCAGGCUCGAGACGCAUCAUCGUUACAGCGCAAUUCUAUCCUCACUAAGCUGGAGAUCAGCAGCGGCCAUCAGGAGACGCAGACAGAGAGCUGGGAGACGAGAGAGACGGUGUGAAGGAUCCUUUUUCUCCCAGGCCUUAGAUGCCCAGCGGCAGUCUGUAGCCCGGGACUCCAAGCUCUCAGAAGCAUAGAGGCUUUGAGACCCUCAGGAUCUCCCCUGGCAGACCCUCUUCUGACCCAGCGCGGCUAAAGCCCCUGGACGCCUUCCGACAGUCACCAUGGGAACCGUGCUGUCCUUGUCGCCUAGCUACCGAAAGGCAGCUCUCUUUGAGGAUGGGCCGGCCACUGUGGGCCACUACACAGCUGUCCAGAACAGCAAGAACGCCAAAGACAAGAACCUGAAGCGCCACUCGCUCAUCAACGUGCUCCCGUGGAAGCGGAUUGUAGCGGUGUCCGCCAAGAAGAAAGGCUCCAAGAAGGUGCAGCCCAAUGGCACCUACCAAAACAAUGUCACCCAGCUCAACAAUGAAAACCUGAAGAAGUCACAGUCAUGCGCCAACCUGUCCACCUUCGCCCAGGAUCAGAGCACUCCUGCUCUCACCAAGACCUCCAACAACACAGUAUCGUCUAUUAAGAAAGCCCCUCUGACCAACUCCAAUGUGGCCCCAGGGACCCCUAAGAGAGUGAUUGUCCAGGCCUCCACCAGUGAGCUUCUGCGCUGCCUCGGGGAGUUUCUGUGCCGGCGUUGCUACCGGCUGAAACACCUGUCACCCACUGAUCCAGUGCUGUGGCUGCGUAGCGUGGACCGCUCCCUGCUGCUCCAGGGCUGGCAGGACCAGGGAUUCAUCACCCCCGCAAACGUGGUCUUUGUCUACAUGCUUUGCCGUGACGUGGUCUCCUCCGAGGUGGCCACGGAGCACGAGCUGCAGGCCGUGCUGCUCACCUGCCUCUACCUGUCUUACUCCUACAUGGGCAACGAGAUCUCCUACCCGCUCAAGCCCUUCUUAGUGGAGAGCUCCAAGGAGACCUUCUGGGACCGCUGCCUGUCCAUCAUCAACCUCAUGAGCGCAAAGAUGCUCCAGAUCAACUCUGACCCACACUACUUCACUCAGGUGUUUGCAGACCUGAAGAACGAGAGCCAGAAGGAGGAGGAGAGGAGCCGCCUGCUCAUCGGCCUGGACCGGUGAGGGGAUGCUGGGGGGGGAGGGGGAGCAGAGGGUUCAGGGGAGAAGGGGCAUACUCCAGUCUGGCAUUUGGACAAGUUUGAAAGAUUAUUUGUGAUGCUAUUUAUUCAUCAUUGUCCAAACUCAAGUGUGACGAGGCCUAUUAGGAAGUAUUUGGCAUUCAUCACAACUUUGUAUCUAGUAAGACGGAGGGUGGGGGGGGCUCAGUGAUUUAGAUGGAUUUGGACGUUUGCAUUGAGGGAUAACAUUUGCAAUGGUCACCUAAAAAUAAGGCAUACGGUCUCAUAGGCCAGAAGAUUGUAAUGAUCAAGGCCAAGUUCUAUUUUUAAACGACAAAGGAUGGAUUUUCUUUCAAACUGAGAAUGAAAUCUUUUUUUUUGACAACGAUAUAUAAACAACGAAAUGCCAGAUUAGGGUAAAUCCUUUGCUAACUUACAGAUAUAUAUAUAUCUAUAUGAAAUACUGAAAAUCUUAAAAAAACAUUUCAGACAAAAAGACAAAAAACAUUAGAAAAGAAAGCGUACAUCUACAGCAGUGAAUGUGGGGAGGACGGAGACCUUCUGACGGUUUGACCAUGUGAUGUGCACUGCCUACUGCAGGAGGGCGAGGGCCAUCGCCUGACUGGCUUUCACCACGCAUCACGGAUGAACAGGCACAUCUGGCUGCAAACGGGAUCUUUGGAAGGCCAACACCACGUCCCGUCCAUUUAUACGGAUACCACUGGAAUUCUUUUGCUGUAAUGCAUAUCUGAUUAAAAAAAACAGCAGGGGCCAUCAAUACUGGAUCCAUAUUUUUGUGGGUUUCUGUUUGUGAUAACAGGACUCAUACUGUAUACUGUAUUUCCAUGGACAAUAAGCAAACACUGCAUUGUGGGACUUUUGAUAAGGAGGACAACAGCCAGAGGACAUAUGAUGAGAAAGACCUACUUUAUUUUCAUCUAGAAAAAAAAAUAAAACAAGUUAAUGGAUGUUUUACUCCCCAGAGGCUUACACCUAUGGAGGCUUAUUUAUUGCUUUUCUGGAACAGGUUUUCUUUGUUUUUUUUGUUUUUGUUUUGUUUUUUUUACUUAGAAACGUAAUGUUUUGCACGUGUGCCAUGCAAUUUUACAGAGUUUCCGGGAGGGAAGGAACAAUUAUUACUUUUCUUCUUUUUACUUGAUUUGUAAACCGACUGCAUCUGCAUUAGAGAAUGCUGUGAACAAAGUGACAGUAGUUUAUUUAGCUCUGCUUGCUAAAAUAGGCUAUUUGUUUACCAGGGAAAUUCUUUUUGUACUUUUGUCGAUUUUGGAAUGAUGUUUGAUUUCGUGCUAGUGACUCAGCAUAGAAAAUGUUUAAAAAAAACAAAAAAAACAGUGCCAUAUCUUCAAUGAAAAUCUCCCAGGUCUGAGAACACUCUGAAAUGUUGUACUGUUUGUCCAGCUGUUGAAUGAUGGGAUGGAAUUUCAUCUACUACUAACUACUUACUGACACCUAAUUUAUUGCCAUUCAUGUAUUUAUUUAGGCACAUUUAAUGUGAAUGAAAUACCGGGAUGAGAGACUUUGAGAAGGGAAUGGUGGGAGAGGGGGGGGUUUGUGCAAGUAUGGCAGGUGUUGUCAUCUUUGGUGGGAAUGAAGAUUGAUCUGGUUUAUGCAAAUGAUUGUUGCUGGAAUUUAUUCAUGAAUACCUAAUUAAACAAACCAAUGUCAAAUCUGACCCGUCACCAAAGGGACAUCACCAAGGACACCUUGACCGGACAACCAAUCGUUGAACUUCAACUAAAGAUAAAGAAAAAGCCCUUAAAAACAUAUUUUUGUCCCACGCUGCUGGCCUGCAUGAAGAGCUAACCCAACCGGCUGUCCCACAUAUCUCUCACACACACACACACACACACACACACACACACACACACACACACACACACACACACACACACACACACACACACACACACACACACACCUAGAUGAUUUCAAUGACACUCUUUCUGCAUCACUGCAGAAAAGCUCAUCUUACCUUCAGGAUAAUCCAUCAGCAUCACCUCGGUGUUAACCAACUGUGAGGUGACAUCACGUGUGUGGGUGCUGUAGGAGAUGAGGCGACCUCCACAGGAUUAAUCACAUUUUCAAUCAUAGACACCACCGGAAUUAAAGGAUGUGCUGCAGUGUGCAACGGCAACGACAUUGACAACCAAAACAGGAAGCAUGCAGAACAAUUGUAUUGUUAUGUUACACAGGUUACACAUAGUUUUUUAUCUUCACAAUGACUCCAAUCACUGGAUAAACUACAGUAUUUUCAUCCAGAAAUGUAUGAGAAAUGUGUGUUUUUAUUGGUUUUCACAUCUUAUCUAAAUAUAGACAUUUAGUGUGCACUCUUUUUUCCAUAGCAGUGGUCUGAAAAUCUGUCUAAAAGGCAUAAUCUAGUAGUGCCAACAAAAGGCUUCUGCCAUGUUUUGAAGUUGUUCCCAGAGAAUGGAAGGCUUCUCCGCUGCUGUGUUAGUGGGAAUCAGAGAAAACGGUGGUCACAGCCGGCUGUGGGAUUGUGGCUGCCGUGUGGAGUUAGAUCAGUGAGAGAAAGUUCAUUAAGAGUGUUUGUACUGGCACAACAUGGGGACACGCACUUUGGAUGGGCUUCUGCUCUGGCAAAGAAAAAAAA